GUCAGUGUUGCCUAAUUUAAAUAUUCCUGCUGUUGAUAUUUGUUGCUGCAUCGAACGUCUGACAUAUGGCAUCUUCUGCGGAUGUCAAUAUGUGCGAUAAUCAUGAAAUUAUCACAGCUGUUAGCGGGUGGGCCAACUAUCAUGGCAAGCAAUGUACAACAACAACAAUUACAACAAUGUAUUAAAAAGCAACAACAUCAGCACAACUACCACCACCAAUACCAACCACAUCGACUUCAACACCUCCAAAAUCAACAACAGCAUCAAAUUCAACAACAACAGCCACAGUUACAGCAUAAGCAGCAGCAUAAUGGCGUUCUGUUAUUGAUACAAGGCUGGUUCUCAACACAUUCAAGCUCAUAUAAAUUGUUGCAUUUUGGUGUAGUUGCCACAUUGUUGCAGUUGCUGUUGGUGUUGCUGACACUCGGACAUGCAGUACACGCUGAAGGAAACGUUGGUUGCCACUUUGUCAGGACGUUAUGCCUUGAAGGAAGCGAAGUCUGCUUCGAUGACAACAUCUUUGGCAAAUGCAUACCAACUACUGGCGUCGACUUGGAAGACAUUGAGAAAACGCCGCUUACGGAGGAACACUCACGGGCGCUUGCAACCAUGCUUGAAGAGUUACAGGGCGCUGGGUUAGGUUGGGAUCAUCCAUACGUACAAUGUCGCAUACAAGGCACUCUAUUUUCCUUACAAAAGCAAACUCAAUUACCACCAAACCUAUGCGCUAAUCUGGCACCAACUCCUACAGAUAUCGAUCCCGCUGGCUCAUUGGCUUUUGUACGGUUUACACCACCAGAUGAAGAUUAUGCCGAUGCUUUGUACUAUCCGCCAUUAAAGAAGCAAAUUAAUAAUAAUGGUAUCAACACUAUCUUUCAUCAAUUACAACUUCAAGAUCGACAGUCACGUCAUGAUCCAUCUGAGUUGGCUCACUUUGGUAAACUCGAUUCAUACGGAUCACAAAUAGAUGCUGAACAUGUUAUGGAAGCAUUCUUGGAUAAUGAACGUGCUCGCAUACAACGUGAACAAAUACAACGUGAAGCUGAAAUGGAAGCGGAACGUAAACUAGCAAUGCGAAAUCGUUUAGAACUUUACCAAAUGCUUGCCGCAUCUGAACCAGAUCCAGAACCCUAUCAACGUAACGCACAACCGACAUUGGAUAAGCUCGAACAAGUUGUAGAACAUGACCCAUCUCCACCUGUUUAUAUACCGGACGAUUUAAAUGAUUCAAAUGAACUAUAUUUUCCGGAUAAUUAUGAAACUUAUAAACGUACUGGAGGUAAUGGUCGUAAACAAUUACCAGAAACAAUUGCUGCGCCACGUUCAUUCUUUCGUGAACUGGCAUCUGAACAGGGUUUAGUACAAGAGCCAGCAAAUCGUGAAUACUACAGCCAUGCGCAGGUAGAUGAGCCAUUGGAUGCCGUUUUGAUGCCAACUUACAAGCGUAUGCCGACAUUCGAAGAUAGUGCCGAAAAUGACUUUGAACAACAAGCUUUGGAGGAAAGUCUCAUACGAAAUUCUCUAACACCAUUUGAAGAAGAAGCUAUGCUUGCUUCGAACUCUUUUCCUUAUAAACAUAAAACACCCAAACUUGGUCGUGUCUUCACUGAAGGCGGAUUGCUUUAUAUGCCUCAACGACAACAAUUUUUGGAAGACACUGACUCUGAGGAAGAAGAUAAUGAGAUCAAAAAGGAAAAGGCUAGAGAAUUACUGGCAAACAUGUUGGGCUUUACGCGACGUGAACGUUUGGAUGUGAAAAAACCUGGCCCACUUAGUGGUCCUCCAUCUUCAGAAGAUAAUAGAGACGAUAAGGGAAAAUUAAAUAAAACAACCACUAAUAAGCUUGAGUCUAAAGAAGUGCUACCUGUUCAUAUUAAAGAAAGUGAGCAAGUCAACAAAAAGAAGAAGGUUAUGCUCAAAGAUCAUUCAGAUGAAGACCAUGCUCCACAUACUGUAGAUACAGAAUAUGCACAUGUCGUUGUGAAUAAUCCUAUUGACAGUUGGAGUGAUGGUGUACGUAUAAUGAAUGAAUUGGCUAAUAUUCUCCACAUGCAAGGGUACUUUGCUUAUUUAACCGUUCAACCUCGACAAGUCUCCUUCCGGGUGGACUCAAACAAUCCCGAUCAUAAAACCGCCAGUGACAUAGCACGCAUCAUCAAUGACAAUCGUGGUGUUAAAAAUAACAUACUGAGACGUAUUGGUGUUGCCGUCAAGAGUGCUGGUGUAGGCGAUAAGACAAGAAGUAUCGAAGAUGGCGGAGUAUCGUCGUCUCGCAUUGAACUCGCCGAACAAGGUCCAGAUGUAACGCACAUAAUGGUGUAUAUGUUAGCUGGUGCCGGUGCUGCUGCAGUAAUCGUUAUCUUCGUUACGCUAAUAUUGAUUAAACGACAUGACAAAAAGCGCGACAAGCUAGGUGGUCUACAGUCAGGCAUUGCGGGCGCUGAAAGUUGUAGCAAAGAUUAUCAGGAUCUCUGCCGUGCUCGAAUGGCUGGUAAGGGCAAUGCAGCGGAACCUGUGGCGGGUGGUCGAAUAACGUCGCUGAGUAAAGAAAACGAUAGACCACCAUCAUCGCGUUCGAGUACGUCAUCAUGGAGUGAAGAACCGGCAUUGACGAAUAUGGAUAUAUCAACGGGACAUAUGGUGUUGUCUUACAUGGAAGACCAUUUACGCAACAAGGGCCGUCUGCAACGUGAAUGGGAAGCAUUGUGCCGUUAUGAAGCUGAACCCAGUGCACGAGAUGCUGGUCAGCAAUCAGAAUGUGCAAAUUUAAAUCGUCCAGGUGCACCGCUUCCCUAUGACCAUUCUCGUGUUGUGCUUAAUCACUUAGCAAAUGCAGAAGGACUCGAUUACAUUAAUGCAUCAACAAUUACCGACCACGAUCCACGUGCACCAGCUUAUGUUGCUGCACAAGGACCUUUACCAACUACACUGGCACAUUUCUGGCAAAUGAUCUGGGAACAAGGCGCUGUGGUGAUCGUUGCUUUGUGUCGCUUACAGGAAAAUGGUGAAAUCGCUUGCGCACGUUAUUGGCCGGAAGAAGGAGCUGAGGUUUAUCACAUUUAUGAGGUUCAUCUAGUAAGCGAACAUAUCUGGUGUGAUGAUUACCUCGUACGUUCUUUCUAUCUCAAGAACUUGCGGACAAGCGAAACACGCACUGUAACGCAAUUUCAUUUUCUGUCAUGGCCACAAAGUGGAGUGCCGCCUCAAGCGAAGGCACUUUUGGACUUCAGAAGGAAAGUGAACAAGUCAUAUCGUGGCCGCUCAUGUCCCAUUGUAGUGCAUAGCAGUACUGGAGCAGGCCGUACUGGUGCCUACAUAUUACUCGAUCUUGUGUUGGGACGGAUGAAUAAGGGCGCUCGCGAAAUCGAUAUUGCCGCAACGCUGGAACAUUUACGUGAUCAGCGCGCUGGACUGGUGGCUACGCGACAACAGUUCGAGUUUGUACUUAUGGCUGUCGCUGAGGAAGUACACGCCAUCCUAAAAGCAUUGCCAGCAAAUCAAUCCAAUGAGAAGCGUGAAGUUGAGACAAAAGAUGCAAUUGGAGCAACUGGUGUACUUAAAGAAGCAGAAGAAGCAGACAGCGAUAAUGAAGACAAAAACGUCACAAAGGAAAGUGAUGUAAAAACAGCCCCAACUAGCGCAGCGGUAAAGGAAAAGGGAAAAGCAAAAGACACAGAAAAUGAAACUAAAACAACACAUGGCAAAAUUGCAACAACAACAGCAGUUGAUGCCACAAACGUCAAGAAAUGAAUAGAUAAAUUAUUAUCAUAAACUAAUCUUUUUAGUAAAUUUGUAGUAGUAAGUUUGAAUUGAUGGUGGUUAUUAAAUUUUUAUUUUUAAUUUUUUAUUUAUUAUUUAAUUAUUAAUUUUUUUAAUUCUGAGUUCAAAUGCACAUUUAAGUAUGAUUUCUUAUAAUUUAAAACGUAUUUUGUUAUUGGCACUGUAACGUUGAUAGGUACGAAAAAGGCUUAACAUGGUUGGCUAGAGAAGGAUUUCAUUUCUUUUUUUUUUGUAACAAUAUAAUAUUAUUUUAAAUUUUACUUUUUUUUUGAAUUUAUCGCACUCACAAUUAAAUGACUAAAGUAAUUAAGAAUUAAAAUUAAAUUAUAAGAUAUA